CUGAGUGGUACGUUCCUAUCUACUACACACUGCUGCUCUGCCUCCCAGUCCAUCAGACAGCGAAGCACUCCGUGCAAGCUGUCUCUCUCCUCCACACAUCACUCUGAAGCAUCACUGGCCGUGUGUAGAUAUGCAGGAUGUGUAGCAGAUGGUCUUCGCUGUGAACGGACCCCCUCUUUCACAUAGAACCCCCUGCCCACUCUAGAACUCCCACUGCAAGAGUCCAGGUCAGAGCCAGCAGUAGCUCCGGGAUGUCUUCCCCAGGAUCGGCCAGUGGCAGCAAGAGGAAUUCCUCGGAGAUGGAGCUGGAACAUGCUCAGAGAGCCCCGGAGGCAGAGCUUGUGCAGCCACAGGUAAAACUGAAGGAAAGGCAAAAAUACCUGGAAGAGGCUUUUCAACAGGACAUGGAGCACUACCUGUCCACAGGGUACCUGCAGAUCGCAGAAAGGAGAGAGACAAUAGGAAGCAUGUCUUCAAUGGAGGUGAAUGUGGACAUGCUGGAGCAAAUGGACCUGAUGGACAUGUCUGACAAUGAGCCAUUGGACGUCUUUCUCAACUCUGGUGGUGAGGACAACAGCGUGUCCUCAAUGAUGCUGGGUCCAGACAUGGAGUCGUUCACAUCUGAGAUCACUCUACAGGUGCCCACCCAGGCAGACCUGAGACACAAGCUCGCCUCUCUGUCUUCAACCUGCACAGACUCAGCCAGCCAGGACACGGAGGCAGGGGAAGAGGAUGAUGAUGAUGAUGAUGAUGAUGAUAAGAGGGGACAAGUGGGCAUCCACGGCUCUCCGCUUGCCCAGCACGAUCAAGAAGAGGUAGAGGUGGAUGCCACAUUAGCUGAAAGAGAACAACAAAACCAGCCAAUCAAGAACUGUAAGAGCAGUAGCUCGCCCUGUACACAAUGAGGAUGAACAACAGACUGUGAGAGGAGGUGAUGUAAUUAGCAGUGUGCUAUUCACUAGUGUCCAAAGGAAGAGUGUGGAAACUGUGCUUUAUGAAACCCUUUCAGUUUUCAUAAAGAGAUUCUUUGUUAUGUGCUGUGCAGUGUAAGCCUGAUCCUGUGCCUGCCCUCAAAAUCAAUAAAUAUAUUCUAUUCUGUUGGA